AGCGGGGAAUGGGACGUGACCGCAAGAACGGCUCGAGGAGGCGGCUGGGUUAGGGUCAGCCGCCGGAGGAUGGAGCAAAAGCCCGGUGGCUUUCUUCUAACCGGCUUUCAUUUUUCUUCCUCGGGCCGCCGGGGUGGCGUUGACCAGAAUGUCGUGGGAUCCGUCCGGAGGGCUCCUACGGCACAUCAUCCGCCAAGCGGGGCAGCAGUGUGCCGCCCGCGGCCACCCCGUCUCCGAAUCGGUGGUGGCUUUCAUGGUGAAAGCCGUUGUUCUAGAUCCAAGAAAUGACUUUGAUGUGGAUCAGAUCCUUACAAAAAAAGAUGUGCAAAAUCUUAUCCAGCUCUGUGUUUCCAGGCUGCUUGACACAACAAACCCAUCCCUGAGCACGAUUAAGAUGCAAGUUUACUUUGACUUGAACUAUGCAAACAGAGCUGAAUUACUCAGAGAGCAUCGUCGUGUUCUGGAGGGCAGGUUGGCUCCUCUGCUCAGGGACAUCACGGAUAGUCGUCCCCGCACGCAAGAGGAAAUGAAGCAUGUGUAUCAAAGGAUCGUUAGCUACGUGCUGCUGAGCUCUGGUCUGGGAUCCCCAACAGACAUUGAGGUUGUCAGAGAGGUCAUAGCUGCACUGCAGAGUAUAUUCCCCCAGACAGCUCUGGUUUCUUUCCUAUCACUCAGUAAGAAGGAUAAAGAGCAACAGCUAAAAAAUCUCACCAUGCUAGUUACAGGAAUUCGGUUGUACAACAAGGAAUGUGGGAAAGGAGGAAAAGGCAUCGAUGACUUGCCAGCCAUUCUGAACGAAGCUAUCCCAGCAGCCACACAAUCUAUUGAAGACCAUCUUAAUGCUUGCCAUGUGCUAGCCCACCAUUACACUGCUCUGCUGGAAUCCAUGCAUGAAGACCAGAACAGAUACAGGCAGCUUAGUUCUUUAAAACUGAAAGAAGCACUGUUCAAUGUGAGGCAGUACGAGGCCUUUCUUUGCAUCCUUCUGUCUGACACAAUUACAAGUGGUCAAGAAAUUGAAAAGUUGAACGUGGAAUUUACAGCAACAAUGGGGCAGUUAAAAAGCACCAUUCAGAAUAAGGUCUCUGUAGAUACCAAAGAAGCUUUUCCUCUUUUUGUUGCAGCUUUUAACCUAUGGUCCAGGUUUCAGGAUGAGAUACUUCUGCUAAGUUUCCUCACAAAUAUGACUAACUCUCUGCAGCAGUUCUUGGAAACCCAGUCACAGCUUUUUCCUGAGGAACUGCUAACAUCUCUUCUGGAAGGGGUGACUGUGAAAACUGAUAAGGAGAGGAUAAGAGAAACCAUGGGGACAAGAGUGAAUGUUUCUGACUUCAAGAACCAGGAAUGGCUUUUUCCAGAGACUACCACUAAUUUUGAUGAAUUGUUAAUCCAGUACCACGGUUUCUGUGCACAUGCAAUUGGUGUAAAAGGCCUCACCCUUCCAGGAAAUCCUGCUAUUGGCAUUCUGAAGCACAAGGACAGAUGUUAUGUUUUCAGUUCCAAAGAAUCUGCAUACAUUUUUGCUCAAGAUCCAGAUAAGUUCAUUCAACUGAAUGUAGAAAAAGCAAAAGAACACGCAGAGCUAAUUCAGCUGCUCAACCUUCAUCAUCAGUUUGGAUACCUUGCUCCACAUAUGCGGUUAAGAAGUGCAGACAAACUUCCAAUGAAACCAGUCACAAAAUGUGACAGUGGUACUCAAACUGAUACUCAUAUCUUGCCUCCAACUAUUGUGAAAUCCUAUGAAUGGAAUGAGUGGGAACUGAGAAGAAAAGCUAUAAAAUUGGCCAAUUUGCGUCGCAAAUUAACUCACGCCAUGCAGACUGAUCUCAGCCAUCUGAGAAGGGAGAACUCCACCCAAGUGUACCUGCCCAAAGAUGUCAGCACCCAAACAAAGCGUGACAGCUCAAGCAGUGUACCCAGACCACAGAUUUUCUUGGCUGGUCUCCGAGGAGGAUCAUCUGCUACUACUGAAAUGGUCAAAGUGGACUUAACAAGACCAGUAGAUAAAGCCUAAGAGAAAAGGAGAGACUUAAGGAAAUAUAUUAAUUAUAUAUAAGAAUCUCAGUAUUAUUGAGUUACAGAAAAAUCAUAGAAUGGUUUGGGUUGGAAGGGACCUUUAAGAUCAUCUAUUUCCAGCCCCCUGCUAUAGGCAGGGACACCUCCCUCUAGACCAGGCUGCUCACAGCCCCAUCCAGCCUGGCCUUGGAUAUCCUGUGUCUUUUGAUUGCAGGAGCUGACUUAUCUGCUGGGGCCUCCUAGUAGGAUGGCAUUAAGUGAUAGAAAUGAAUCCUGAAACACACAGAGAAAAAAGCAAUUUUGAAUCAAGAUGUGCCAGAAGACUUUAACUUAAACCAACAUUUAAAUGUGUUACGUGGUUCUGGGAUUUUCUUGACAUUUUAAUAUGAUGAUUGCUUGCUGAAACGCUGUCCUAAGAGCCUUAAGAGGUAAGACCAGCAAAAUGGGAUCUCCCUAUAUCCUUGGGAUGUUCGUGGAUGUCCUUCUGUGGCAUAUGUCCUCAUGAGUGUAGGCACAUGCAAGGAGCUGGAGCUCUGUGGGAUGCUCUGAGGUGUCUGGUAAUUUCUGUGGGCUGACAUCAGCUGAGAGGUGUGCAGGUGGGCACACAGGACACAAUAGCAGCUUGGGGCAUCUUUUUUGAAAAGCUCUGCAUCGCUUGUGUUUAAAAAGAAACUAAAACCCAACGGGAAAA